AUGGAUUCUAUGGUAAACGACAUAUCGAACCAACACUGUGAUUUUACACUAUAUGCUGGUGAUUGGGAACGCCACAAGUUCACUGAGGACCUAGAUGCAGAUGUACUUUUUACUGAUAUGAAAAAUUCCUUCUCUGCUAUUAAAACCCUCAAUUUACCACCUGAUAAGAGCUUUAUCGGUGCAUUGGGAAACGAAGAUAUGACUCCGAAUUACAACUUUGAUGUAUUCAAAACUAAACAUGAUCAUUUGAUAGAACGCGUUAGCAUUAUGAAUAAUUCUUUACUCUCGCCUGAAGAGGCUAAUGAGAUGGUUAAGUGCGCGUUUUUUGCUCGUCAUCUCGAGACUGUCACCUUUAUCAGCCUUCAUUCUCUUAUAUGGUCAACCACCCUGAAACCACGUCUUGCAGAUAACGUGACUGAUCCCUGCAACCAAUUUGCCUUUCUGGAAAAAGAGCUUGAACUUGCGAAGAAAAACGGCAAGAAGGUGAUAAUAAUUGCUCAUAUCCCCCCGAUUAUGGAUACUUAUGUUGUGAUCCUAAACGGUAAAUUUACAAAUUCGUCUAACGACAUGCUAUGGAAAGAGAGUUACUACAAAAAGUAUAUCAAACUCAUCUCUGCCUACAAAGACACCAUUUCAGUCCAGAUUUUUGGACACUUGCACUUGUUCUAUUUUCUCUGCUUCCCGGAAAUUGUAACCCCAACUUUUGUGCUCCCAGCCAUAACUCCACUCUCUGGAAACGUGCCUUCCUAUUUACUAGCCACCUUUUCGGAUUCAUGGGAGAUAACUGACCUCAACCAGCGCACCCUGAUUGGCAACAAAUGGCACAAUACAGUCAAUGUUAAGGGAGUUUUUGGGAGUGUCGAUGGGUUGUACAACCUAAAUAAAACUCGAGAGCGAAUCAAGGACUUUUACACAGACGACAGAGCGUGGCUAGACUAUUUACAACUUCACAACGGUGGUGAGGCCACAAAUAGGGUGUUUCGUGAAAUAAAACCGAGCUCGUUUUCUCGAGCCGUGACUGUCUGCAGUUCACUCAGCGGCAACUAUGAUACCAUCAAGGGAUGUGUGAGUGAACUGAUGGCCAAGAAACCUUUGACCUGCCAUAACACAAACUUGAAAACUUUCCUUUUAAUAUUUUUACCGAUUGCUAGUGGGAUUAUUAUUACAUGCCUCAUCAUAUUAAUCAUUUGUGUCGCCAGAAGACACUCGACUCAAAAAAUUAUUAAGGAUACUGAUAUCCCUGAUAUGAUUGUGGAAGGACAUGCUACUGGCGUACAUUCUGAAUAUCUUGAUGAAACAAACUUACAACCGAAUGCAGAUUUUAACCUAAAACGUUUUGACGAGCGAGCAUAA